AUGAACCGGGAUGGCCCCCUAAACGCCCGCGCAGAGUCCGCCCCGACCGCCGCCGCCUGCGACUCGAGCCCAAGCGGGACGGGGUCUGGCAGCGGUGCGCGCUCCGGGAGCGGGCGGCCGGCGGCGGCCAACGCGGCGCGGGAGCGCAGCCGUGUGCAGACCUUGCGACACGCCUUCCUGGAGCUGCAGCGCACGCUGCCGUCCGUGCCGCCUGACACCAAGCUAUCCAAGCUGGACGUGCUGCUGCUGGCCACCACGUACAUUGCACACCUCACCCGUAGCCUGCAGGAUGACGCCGAGGCGCCCGCGGACCCCGGGCUGGGCGCCCUUCGAGGCGACGGCUACCUACACCCAGUCAAGAAAUGGCCCAUGCGAUCAAGAUUAUACAUUGGUGCUACUGGUCAGUUUCUGCAGCAUUCUGUUUCUGGAGAAAAACCAAAUCAUGGCAACACUUCAGCUGACUCAGAGCCUUAG